AUGCCAACUGCUCCUCAGCCUGGAGUCUUGGGCAUUCGUGCGGACCCCACGACAGCCGAGGAGGCUUCGAGGGUGCCUGAUGAGCCCCAUGCGCCGCUCCAGGAUCACAUCUUGCAGGUUGAAGCUUCUCCCGGCAUACAGUGCCAGAGUGUGGAUGGCACGACUUCAAAUGUGGCAGCGGACUUGGCCGUUACCAACACCCUCGUUCCAGCAUGGGGCUGCAACGAGGAUGCAGAGAUCCUCCACAAGCCAGAACAUGGCAGCGGCACGAUAUCUGAUAAUGCGAUUGACGUGAGCAUCGCGGACGGGUCAAUGCCGCCCUUGCCACCGAUGCCGGCAUGGGACUUGCACGCAGCACGAACAGGUGUUAGCCCAGCAGCAGGGCCCUCCGCUACGUCAUUGCCUUCUCUUGAAGGCAUAGUUCCUGCUCCAACAUUGACAGGAAAGAACAGGCCGAACAAGGCACGCUUGCAGAAGAAGCGUUCGCAGAGCUCCCGGAAACCGGGGCUCUCCAAGGACGCUGAGCCCUGA